AUGGCCGGGCUGCUGACGCUGCUGGGCCCCGCCGGCCGGGCGGGCGCCCGGGCCCGGCCCCGCGCCCCCUGGCUCCCGGGUGCCGCCGCGCCGCGCCCGCCGGCCCGGCUGCUGCCGCUGCCCCGGCCGGGACCCGCCGCCUGGAUGCCGCGCGCCGCCCGCGGGCUCUGCCGCGGCCGCCAGGACCCGGGCAGAGGCGCGGCGGCCACAGGCGGCGGCGCCAGCAGCGCGGAGCAGCCACCGAGCAAGGCCCAGCAGCUGAGAAAGGUCUUCCAAGAGUACGGCGCGGUCGGGGUGUCGUUCCACAUCGCGGUCUCGCUCACGUCCCUGGGCAUCUUUUACAUGGUUGUGUCGAGCGGCGUGGACAUGUCCGCAGUCCUGCUUAAACUGGGAUUUAAAGAGUCGCUGGUGCAGUCGAAGGUGGCGGCGGGCACGAGCACCUUCGUGGUGGCCUACGCCAUCCACAAGCUCUUCGCGCCAGUGAGGAUCAGCAUCACCUUAGUUUCCGCGCCCCUGAUUGUCAGAUAUUUCCGGAAAGUGGGAUUUUUUAAGCCUCCAGCUGCAAAGCCUUGAUGAAUCUUCGAUUGUAGAUCUGAAAACCUAUCUUUUAAAUUAGGUAUUUUUAGAUUAGUCUUAGAGUUGAAGGGCUUGGGGUGGGGGGGCAGGAGGAGAAUUGUUAUGUUCUCAUGGAUAAGUCUUACCUUUGCAAGCCAAGUUCAGGUUUUUGAACAAUUGUAAUUUCCUUCUUCGGAAGCUUUCUGAAUGCUCUUCACCAUAAUCCACAAUGUCAGCAGAACAUCACAAAACAAGUUGUCUCCAGCCACCUUGUGAGCCCAGGAAAUGUUCCUUCUGGAAGAUCUUUGGCAAGGGUGUCUGCAGAAGCCCUAGGAGUUCAUCUUUGCUCAGAUUCUUAAAAGGCAACGAUUCAUUAUGCUUGAUAUUUAAAUUCCUUUUCCUCCAAUUUUUGUCAGGCUGCCUGCAGUUUAAUAUGCAAUAUUCUGCAAAGCCGCCGCCAGUGCCAGUGAACAAAGAACACGCAACAAUGUGUAAUCAGAAUCUAACUCAGCUUCCACACUUCGACAUUCUUACACUUGUUUGGGGGAAAGAAAAAUAGUAUUUCUAGUUUUCAGUGACCCCCAAAGCACCUUCCAGUCUGGCUGAAGGGGUCCACCUCAGGUGGCUCUUCUCUAGUCUCUGCUGAGGUAAAGCACGAAGCUCUGUCCAGCGCAAGCGGCUCCAGAUGCCCAUCCCUGCACACAAGGCGAGAAGGGCACCGCGCUGAGCCCUCUGCAAGCCUCAGACAUUCCAGAAUGGCUGCCUCAUGUAUACACUGGGUUGCUACCAAUAUUUUUUGACAGUUAAAAUUUAUUAAGUUAAAAAGAUUUUUGUAUCGCUCACCCAACAGGCAAGGUGGUCUCCCUUGCUGCAGUGAUGAGGCCCGGGAGGAGAGCCAGGUGUUACCACCUUCAACUGAGCAGAUUGUCCUGGGUGUCCUGAGAGCCCCUCACUCUGUUAGGGAGGUUACUUUAGAAAUUCAAGCACAGAGCAGGCACUUGAGGAGGACCCCCUUUUGUGGGAUUCAGCAUCAUGGAAGCUGCCUGCCCGGAGCCCCCAGGAAACCAGUUCUGCCCACCUCCAUGGGGGAAGGAGCUGUGCUUAUCUUUCUUGCCCCAUUUUUUUAAUUACCUUUGUGACAAUCAGAAAAUGGAAAGAACUAGAAUUCAACUGCCCUGGCUUUACUGAGCCCUGCCUCUUGACACCAAGUUCGCCCCCAUAUCAACUAGUUAACUAGUUCUUAAGUUUACUUUUGUCAGACCUCUGUGGGACAGUCUCUGCUUCCAAGACCUUUCACAGGUAUCUGCGUCCUUUUCAAGCACUUAGCCCAGAGCCAGAAGUUUUCCUGACUUAAAAUUCCCAGGAUGCCUGCAGCUGCGCAGGUCAGCCAGCAUGCACAGGACCCGCCGUUCCGUCUCACCCGCACUACAGGAGCCGGCCGGCCUCCCGGCCACCGGGGCCCUAGUAAGGCAUAUGCACAAAAGCCACGUUAGCUCUUUUCCAAAUUAAGUCUUAAAAUUGGAAUUGUUUGGAGUGAUGGGAAUGGGUGGAAAGGCCAAGCAAUACAAGUGGUUAUCACACCCUACGCCACCCUGUGCCCUUCCAAGCCCAGCUCUGCCCCGGCAGCCCCGCUGGAGGAGAAGCCAGCGACCAGGGACUCAAGUGUUAUGUGAACUCACCAGCAAGACAUACGAAUUCCUUGUAUUUACAUUGUUUUUAUGGACCUAGGGGAAUAAAGCUGUCUAUUUUAAAAAUACAAGCCAGUAUUUACCUGUACUGUUUUUAUCUGACAA